AUGCGCACGUACUCCGUCGAAAUGCUGGCUGCCACUGCUAUGUUGGCAUGUUUUCCGAGUUCCUCAGGGGCGUCCGGCUCCAAGAUGGUGCAUGUCCAUACUGAUCACUCUCAUAUCGGUCACAAAAGCGACUUCUUUGACAGCCGGUUGCUGCGAGCGAACAAUUCCUUGUACGAGGAAGAGAGGGCGUCAUUAAGGAGUGGGGGAUUCUCGCGGAUGGAAACUAUUGCAGGGGAUGCUUUGAUGCAUCUUCGACAAAAAUUACAUACCGUAACUGACAAUACGCUUACUGAACAAGUUUGUGCUCGGAUUAAACAAUUGGAUGACCGUGUUGUGGCGCGCUAUGCCGGACAUUUAGAAAAUCGUCCAGAACAGCUUCGAGUGGUGUUGGAUAAGCUGUCUCGCGACGACCUGCGCGCUGUGAAGGAGUUGAUUCAAACCUUUGAGAAAGACCAGGCAAAUGAACCGUUGAAGAAGACAUCAGAGCUAAUGAGUGAUCUUUCGAGCAAUGACGGCGUCGAGGCCUUUGAGCAAACGGAGGAGUAUCUCGAAACGUUGUACCCAGCGAAUCUGCACAUUUUGAAAAAUUACGUCGCUGCGUGGAACGCAGCUCAUAAGAAAGAUUUUUCACUCCUGGAUUUUCUAGUCGUACUCUAUGGUGGUGUAGCUAAACUCGCACCUGCUUUGUCGAUCGCAAAGAAUGGUCAUUUUAGCGGAGAUGAUGCAGAGCUGUUGCAGACGGAAAUGGUGACGAAGUGGCUGGCCCACGAUACACCCGUCGAUGAAGUUUUUUACUUGCUGGAGCUCAACACACUAGGAGCGAAUGAUUUGCCUUACGAAUAUCUGGACACAUUGGACAGAUACAUCGCACUGUACAAAGCCAAGCACCCUGGCGCCGACGAAGAUUCGGCAAAGUGUCUACGGAAGCAUUUUGACGACGGCAAGGUAGUACGGAUGAUUGCGGAUGCGAAGAAAAAGUCAUCAUACCCGAACAUGGUCUUGAGAGAUCUUGUGAAGCGUUGGAAGUUUGAAAAUAGUGCCAUUUCGAUCGUGGACAUUGCUGACAAAUUUCGUGAAGCAGUGAUCGAUGAAACGACGGUGCUGUAUCUGCUGCUGGCGUUCUAUGGUCACGUGUACGACCUCGCGCGCGCUUUAUCUUUAGCUAAGAAAGACACGGCGAGCAGAGCGAAAGCUGAGCAUCUACAGCUGACGAUGCUGACGAGCUGGCUGCAACGCAAAGUAUCCGUCAAAUUUGUCCAUAAGCUUCUGGAGCCCCCUAAUACUAGGACGGCCGGUCUCAUAUUCGAGAACAUGGAAACGUUGGUUCAAUACAGCGUACUGUACAACAAGUUGUGGCCUCAAGCUCGUACGAGUACCCUAACGUAUUUACGGAACCAGUUUGACGAUGGCGAGAUAGUACGGAUGAUCGCGGAUGCAAUGAAGAUGUCACCCUACAUCAAACAGAUUUUGAGAGGUCUUGUGAAGCGUUGGAAGUUGGAAAAUAGUGCCAUUUCGAUCGUGGACAUUGCUGACAAGUUCCGUGAAGCAGUGAUCGAUGAAACGGCGGUGCUGAAUCUGCUGCUGGCGUUCUAUGGUCACGAGUCCGACCUCGCGCGCGCUUUAUCUUUAGCUAAGAAAGACACGGCGAGCAGAGUGAAAGCUGAGCAUCUACAGCUGACGAUGUUGACGAACUGGCUGCAGGACAAAGUACUCGUCGAGGAUGUCCAUAAGCUUUUGAAGCCCCCUAAUACUAGGACGGCCGGUAUCAAGUUCGAGAACAUGGAAACGUUGGUGCAAUACAUGACACUGUACAACACGAAUUAUCCUCAAGCUCGUACGAGUACCCUAACGUAUUUACGGAACCAUUUUGACGAUGGCGAGAUAGUACGGAUGAUCGCGGAUGCAAUGGAGAUGUCGCCCUACAUCGAACAUAUUUUGAGAGAUCUUGUGAAGCUUUGGAAGUUGGAAAAUAGUGCCAUUUCGAUCGUAGACAUUGCUGACAAGUUCCGUGAAGCAGUGAUCGAUGAAACGGCGGUGCUGAAUCUGCUGCUGGCGUUCUAUGGUCACGAGUACGACCUCGCGCGCGCCAUAUAUUUAGCUAAGAAAGACACGGCGAGCAGAGUGAAAGCUGAGCAUCUACAGCACACGAUGCUGACGAGCUGGCUACAAAAAUUGGAACCAGUCCAAUUUGUCCAUAAUCUUCUGGAGCCCCCUGAUGCUAGGACGGCCGGUCUCAAGUUCGAGAACAUGGAAACGUUGGUUCAAUACAUGACACUGUACAACACGAAUUAUCCUCAAGCUCACAUGGAUAUUCUAAUAUAUUUACGGCAUUACUUUGCAGAUGGCGAGAUAGUACGGAUGAUCGCGGAUGCAAUGGAGAUGUCACCUGACAUCAAACAUAUUUUGAGAGAUCUUGUGAAGCUUUGGAAGUUGGAAAAUAGUGCUAUUUCGAUCGUGGACAUUGCUGACAAGUUCCGUGAAGCAGUAAUCGAUGAAACGGCGGUGCUGAAUCUGCUGCUGGCGUUCUAUGGUCACGAGUACGACCUCGCGCGCGCUUUAUCUUUAGCUAAGAAAGACACGGCGAGCAGAGUGAAAGCUGAGCAUCUACAGCACACGAUGCUGACGAGCUGGCUACAAAAAUUGGAACCCGUCGAAUUUGUCUAUAAUCUUCUGAAGCCCCCUAAUACUAGGACUGCCGGUCUCAAGUUCAAGAACAUGGAAACGUUGGUUCAAUACAUGACACUGUACAACACGAAUUAUCCUCAAGCUCACAUGGAUAUUCUAAUAUAUUUACGGCAUUACUUUGCAGAUGGCGAGAUAGUACGGAUGAUCGCGGAUGCAAUGGAGAUGUCACCUGACAUCAAACAUAUUUUGAGAGAUCUUGUGAAGCGUUGGAAGUUUGAAAAUAGUGCCAUUUCGAUCGUGAACAUUGCUGACAAGUUCCGUAAAGCAGUGAUCGAUGAAACGACGGUUCUGGAUCUGCUGCUGGCGUUCUAUGGUCACGUGUACGACCUUGCGCGCGCUUUAUCUUUAGCUAAGAAAGACACGGCGAGCAGAGUGAAAGCUGAGCAUCUACAGCUGACGAUGUUGACAAGCUGGCUGCAGCACAAAGUACCCGUCAAGGUUGCCUACCAGCUUCUGGAGCCCCCUAAUACUAGGACGGCCGGUAUCAAGUUCGAGAACAUGGAAACGUUGGUGCAAUACAUGACACUGUACAACACGAAUUAUCCUCAAGCUCGUACGAGUAUCCUAACGUAUUUACGGAACCAGUUUGACGAUGGCGAGAUAGUACGGAUGAUCGCGGAUGCAAUGGAGAUGUCACCUGACAUCAAACAGAUUUUGAGAGAUCUUGUGAAGCGUUGGAAGCUGGAAAACAGUGCCAUUUCGAUCGUGGACGUUGCUGACAAAUUCCGUGAAGCAGUGAUCGAUGAAACGACGGUGCUGAAUCUGCUGCUGGCGUUCUAUGAUCACGUGUCUGACCUCGCGCGCGCUUUAUCUUUAGCUAAGAAAGACACGGCGAGCAGAGCGAAAGCUGAGCAUCUACAGCUGACGAUGUUGACGAACUGGCUGCAGCACAAAUUAUCCGUCAAAGCUGUCCAUAAGCUUCUGAAGCCCCCUGAUGCUAGGACGGCCGGUCUCAAGUUCGAGAACAUGGAAACGUUGGUGCAAUACAUGACACUGUGCAACGAGGUGUAUCCUGAGAAGUCCAUGAAUGUAAUUAAAGUGCUAGGGGUGUUAUUUAACAAUGACGAGAUGGUACGGAUGAUCGUAGAUGCACUUGAGAUGUCACCAAACAUUGAACAGGUUUUAAAAGAUCUUGUGAGUCGGUGGAAGUUUAGAAAAAAAAUUCCGUUACGAUCAUGGAUGUCGCUGAUAAAUUUCGUGAAGCAGUGGUCGAUGAAUCGACGGUGA